AUGAAUUCAUAUCUUGUUGAAAUGGUUUUAAGUGGAAUCCUUGAAACCCUAAAAAAUCCCAAACCCGAUGACGUAUAUUUAUUUAAUUUAUAUUUGUAUUUAUUAAAUAUAAAUAUAAACAGUUCUUGUCAAAAUUCACGUAAAAAUGAAAAAUCAUCAAAGGUAAUAGAUAAUGGUAUUAGUGAAUAUAAUCAUGAUAAUAAAACUAUCUGUCCUAAAGAUAUUUGUUUAAAAAAAGAGAUUUAUUUUAACGAUCUUCUUCUAAAAGAAAAGAUUAAAUCAGAAAAUGAACCAUUUGAUUUUACAAAUUAUGAUUUUGGACCGUUUAACGAGUUUGAUGAUUUAUUUAUUCCUGAAUGUUUUGAGACUCGCAAUAAUGAUAAUGAUAAUGAUAAUAAUCUUAGUGAUAACAUGGGUGAUCUUGGUAAUUAUCUUAAUAAAAUUUUUGAUGAUAAUGUUAGUAAAGAUCUUGAUAAUUUCAAUAAUAAUUUUGAUGAUUUUGAUUAUUUUGAUAAUAAUCUUGAUAAUUUUGGUAAAGAUCUUGGUAAUAAUGUUGGUAAAAAUCUUGGUAAUAAUUUUGGUUGUAAUAAAAAAAGCAAUUCAGAGAAAAAUAAAAAAACCAAACAAACCCUUAAGUAUGAUACUAAAUAUAACAAGGAUUUCCACUGCAGACAACCAAUAAAGAGAAGAACAAACGAACUCUUAGGUAAACCAUCAAAAAAAGUCAGUAAAAUAUCAAAAAAUAAACAAACAUUAAAAUAUAAACAACAAUCAAAAAAUAAACAGUAA